CCGGAGUUGGGGGGAUGUCCUUGGCCUUCCCUGUGGGCCGGAGGCAAAUCCCCUCCCUGUCCUUCUUGCUUCCUGCCCCAGGCCCCGAGCUGAGGACGGAGAGCCUGGAGGACAAAUCCCCCCGGCAGAGCCUGGUGGGAGAGGCCGUUUUGAAGGGCUCCCCGGCGCAGGAAGGCAGCGGGGAGGAAAAGGGCCGGAGAUCCCCCCGCAGGAGGGGCUCCAAAGCCAGCCCAGGGUGCUCUGAGGAGGAAAGAGCCAGCCUGUGCCGGGAAGGCGGCCAGAGCUUGAGGGGGAGCUCUGAGCUGGUGGUCCCUGAGCAGCCUCCCAGCAGGGAGAAGCCCUUCAGGUGCUUGGAAUGUGGGAAGAGGUUCAAGGCCAGCACCAAACUUCUCAUCCACCAACACAUCCACACUAGGGAACGGCCCUACACCUGUGGGGAGUGUGGGAAGAGCUUCAACUGCAGCUCCCACCUUAUCCAACAUCAGCGCAUCCACACCGGGGAACGGCCCUACACGUGUGGGGAGUGUGGGAAAAGCUUCAACUGCAGCUCCCACCUUAUCCAACAUCAGCGCAUCCACACUGGGGAACGGCCCUACACGUGUGGGGAGUGUGGGAAGAGCUUCAACUGCAACCCCAACCUGAUCCAACAUCAGCGCAUCCACACUGGGGAACGCCCCUACACGUGUGGGGAAUGUGGGAAGAGCUUUAGGCAGAGCUCCGCAAUAAUCCUACACCAGCGCAUCCACAGUAGGCAGAAGCCAUACAAGUGUGGGGAAUGUGGGAAGAGCUUUAGGACGAGCUCCAGCCUCCUCGUCCACCAACGCAUCCACACUGGGGAACGCCCAUACAAGUGCUUGGAAUGUGGGAAGGGGUUUAGGACCAGCUCACAUAUUCUCCUGCACCAGCGGACGCACACGGAUGAGAUGCCCUUCCGCUGCACCGACUGUGGGAAGGGCUUCAGGCAGAACUCUCACCUCAUCAUCCACCGGCGCAUUCACACUGGGGAGAGGCCCCACAAGUGCUUGGAAUGUGGGAAGAGGUUUAGGACCAGCUCACAUCUCCUCCUGCACCAGCGGACACACACAGAUGAGAGGCCCUUCCGCUGCACCGACUGCGGGAAGAACUUCAGCCAGAGCUCCUCCCUUGUCACCCACCGACGCAUCCACACUGGGGAGAGGCCCUACAAGUGUGGGGAGUGUGGGAAGAGCUUUGCCCAGAGCGGUACCUUGACCAAACAUCAACAGACCCACCGGUAAGAGAAGCGCCUCGAGUGCCCCGACUGCAGGAAGAGUUUCGACUGCUGCUGCUGCUGCAACUCCAUCAACCAUUGAAGGACCCCCGUUGGGUGAUCCACA